GCGAGAAGUACUCCAGUGGCGCGAAUAAACAAGGAGUUUCUUCAGUAAAUACACGCUGCUGUUUAACUAGUGCUUGUCUCUUCAGUACAAGUUUCUGAGUUAUACCGUUUGAAUCGCUAUACAUUUUAGUUUAAAAGUUCAACAUACAGUUUGCGUUUCGGUUAAGCUCGUUAUUUUCUCUGUUCACUUCGUAAAGGAAAACUAUGUCGGACGCUUUGUCUGAUGACGGCAACCAAGAUGACAGUCAGGAGGAUGUUAUGACCCCGGCGGAGCUGAUCGCUAAACUGGAAGAAGCUUGGCUGAAUGAAAAGUUCUCACCGGAGCUGCUGGAGAACAAGUCAGAAGUGGUGGAGUGUGUGAUGGAGCAGCUGACUCACAUGGAAGCCAACUUGCAGCGGGUGAAGAAAGGUGACACGAAGGCCAGCAUCCAUCGCAUGGAAAUAGACAGGAUUCGUUUUGUGCUAAGCAGCUACCUGCGCUCUCGUCUGCAGAAGAUUGAAAAGUUUUUCCCACAUGUCCUGGAGAGAGAAAAGUCUCGAGGUGAGGGAGACCCGUCACUGCUUUCGCCCGAGGAGUUUGCCUUUGCCAAAGAGUACUAUGCCAACACAGAAACCUACCUGAAGGCUGUAGCACUGAAGCGCAUGCCCUCCAACCUGCAGACGGUGGAUAUGCUCAAAGCAGUGCCUGAGCCCUGCUUGGACUCCUUUGUGUUUCUGCGGGUGAAAGAGAGACAGGAAAACAUCUUGGUGGAGCCUGAAACAGAUGAUCAGAGAGAGUAUGUUGUGGAUCUUGAAGAGGGCUCUCAGCAUCUAAUGCGGUAUCGAACUAUAGCACCACUCGUUUCAAGUGGAGCUGUGCAGUUAAUUUGAAUGUCGAGGUCUGUCUGUUGGCGUGGAUGUUUUUGGCUCCUGGAGGUCAGAAAAUGAGCAAUGGCAUGCAGAUUAACCUGCAGAGAUUACAUCUGGAAAUGCACCAAUCUUUCUCACUGUUGUCAGGAUUAAGGACUAACUUGUGGCACGCAAACACAGACAUUUGUGGCGCCAAGCCUUCGAGUCAUUUGAGAGAAGUGCUUGCUGACGAAUGAACCCUAUUCACAAAACCAGCUUUUCCAGUGCUGUGGUGUUAUUUUUGGAUCUUUUUAAUCGCGUCACAACAUAAGUUUGGUUACAUAAUCAUAACGUAUUGUGGUGUGUUGGUGUCUGCGAGACUGGUAAAUACAAGUCUAUCUAAUCUUCUAAUUCAUCAUUCAUUCUGUUACUUUAUCCAGAUGACUCACAUUAUUGGACUUUUCCCUCUGCUGCUCAAUAACAAGAUGCAUCAAAUGACCCGAAGGUGAAAUUUCAUCAGUUCACUUGGCAUCAUGGUGCUUAGCAUCCCAAGGCGCACGUGUCAGUGUGCAUGUAUGUUUGAAAGAACGUUUCUUUUGAUCACCAUAUUCAACACCCCUCUGCUUCACAAGGUUAUAGUUUAUUUUGAGUGUGUGUGUUUAGUUUUACCCUAAAAGGAUGUGUGGAAUAUUGUCUUCUCUGAGACAUAAUUGUUGUAAUAGCAUUGUUAUGUAAGAGUUUCAGAGGAAGCAAUCAGUGCUUAUUGUUUGCCCUCACAAAUUGCCCAGUAAUUGGAAUUAAUAAGGGACUGAGAGAGUGGGCUUUGCAACUGACUGUCAUCUUUUGAACUGCACUGCUGAUCUAGCUAAUAUGGAAUCCUGUAACCCAGUGUUAUUGGGAGAAUAGGAAUAAUACACAACAGACAAGUAUUUAGAGUGCAUGAAUGCUAUUAUUCAUAUUAAAAUGUUGGAAAUGAAAGCAGGGUUCUUUUAGACCUUGAAAAUUGAUUUGAGAAACGUUAAAAAACGAAAAUAAAAAAACGUUUUUCAAUG